CCUCCGCCUCCGCCUCCGUCAGGGAAAGCGGGCGAGAAGACGCGCAGCAGAGCCAGCGCCGUGUGCCUCUCAGCAGGAAGGUUUUCCCAGCGGCUCAGCGCGGGUAUCUGGGACUGCUGGAAAUAUCACCGAGGCCUCUUUUCACCUGGAGCCCGACCUGUAACCAGCGCGGACACAUUUGCGGGACCUGUUGGGCUCUCCUGUAACCAUGGGGGACGUGGUUUCCUCUCACCUGGACGAGAGCAGGCGGGAGAUGAUUACAGCUCGGACCGGAGGCGUGAUGAAGGAGUUCAGUGAUGUGUACCAGCAGCAGUAUGCAGUCGCUCUCUUCAACAGCGUCCGCUUCGAGAUAGAAGGAGGAGGAGGGACGCAGUCACAGCUGCUCCACAGAAAGGACCCUCUGGCGGGCCGGUCCAUCUUCUCAGGGAGUCUGUUUCAGUACCUGGAGGAGAAUCGGAAGUGGAGGAACCGCUUCGUAUCCGUGCCAAACAGCUACACCAUCAGCCUCUAUGAGAGCAAAACAGCACAUGAACGGAGACUGCACCCAAAAGUAACCAUCAACUGUGCCGGGUACAAGGCCCUGACCUCAAUGGAGGAGUACAUAGAGCUGAUUAAUACCAGCCUGCCAGAUAUCAAGGCCAAAGUGGGCAGUAAUCCGUUUGUCAAGUGCGCGACCCAGUUCCCUCUCAUCCUGUGGCAUCCGUACGCCCGUCACCACUACUUCUGUGUGAUGACGGAAAAGGAGCAGAAGAAGUGGCACGCUGUGCUGCAGGACUGUGUCCGACACAGUAACAAUGGUCUGUCCGAGGACUGCACUGUUCAGACACCAGCCUUCACUGACGCCGUGAGACGUCACAGACAAGCCAAGGGACACUACGGGACCUGGGAUAUGAUGUGCGGAGCCCCGCCACAGAUUCUAGCUAAUCUGGUGAUGGAGACCCUCCACCCCGAGCUAAGAAACGUGAUUGGUCCUCGUCUGAAGGGGAAAAUGCAGCAGAGGCAGAGGAACUGGAUGUUGAUCUCUGAUGCCGUGUACAGGCAGGUGUUGUCUCAAACCACCGCCCAGUAUGAAGCGCUGGUGGAAGCCUGUGAGGCCCAGAGAGUUCCACUGGACGCCAGACUGCGAACCGACAUGGACCAGAUCAUCACAUCCAAAGAACAUGUCAGCAGCAAGAUACGAGCUCUGGUGCUGCCCAAGGCGGAACAGCUUCUACGGACCAGCAUCCAGCCCUACAUUAGCUCCAUCCUUGAGGCCCUGAUGGAGCCCACCAGCAGAGGUUUCUCGGAGGUCAGGGACGUUUUCUUCAGAGAGCUGGUGGAGAUCAGCAAGAACUCACUCAAUGGGGGGAGCAAGGAAAAACUGGGAGACCAAUUGGAGAGACUGUCCAUGCUCGCCUUCCACCCCGUGAAAAUGCAGAGCUGCUACGAGAAGGUGGAGCAGCUCAACCUGGAGGGGCUGCAGCAGAGGUUUGACGUCUCCAGUCCCUCCGUGUUUGUCGGCAGAGCUCAGAUCCUCAUGAGGGAGCAAAUGGACAACGCUGUGUACACAUUUGAGCAGCUGCUCCACCAGUCUUUGGAGGCCCAGGGAGGAGAUGACAUGUGCAAGACCAUCCAGCGAUGCCAGGACCGGGUUCUCAAGAAAUAUGAUUACGACAGCAGCACAGUACGCAAGAGGUUCUUCAGAGAGGCUCUGCUGCAGAUCAUCAUCCCAUACAUGCUCCAGCAGCUCUCACCGUCCUGCUCACCUGAGCUGCCGCGCUUCACGGAGCUAAUCUUUGAGGACUUCUCCCGUUUCCUGCUAGUGGAGAAUAUGUUCGAGGAGGUGGUGCUGCAGUCUGUCACCAAGGAUAUAAUGAUGGCUGUGAAGGAGGCAGCCGUCCAGAGGAGGCACAAUCUCUACAGGGACAGCAUCAUUCUGACAAACAGUGACCCCAACCUGCACCUGCUUGGAGAAACCCCCCCGGUGGACUGGGCCACCAAAUUUGGGGGCGAUGAGUCAGACGGCUCUGUCGGCGGUGGUACUGAAGGUGGGGGUUCCGGGAGAAGACGCAGGCAAGUGGUGUCCAUGAUCCAGCUGGACGGCAUGCCUCUGGCCUACGAGUCCUGUCUGGAGGUUCCAGGGGUGGAGCUUAUCCCUGAGGAGGACGCUGAGCUGUCUGAGGGAAAAAUGGAGGAUGAAGAGAUCCUGGGCACUCCUGAGGGUCCCAAGUCUCCUGAUAGCGUGGAUGAAAUCAGGGACCUAAUUAAAACGACCGUGGAGGUGGUGCUGCCAGUGUCAGAGGAGAAGCAGGGCGACGUCACCAACGGAACGGAGCCGAACAACGCCGCCAUCACCAUAGAGGAUGGGGAGCAGGAGGAGGUGACACAUGUCACCACCACGGUGGUGGACGUCCCCAGGAAAUCUCCACAACACAAGACAUCCCCGCACAGAAUCCUCCAGGAGCUGGUGGGAAGCAAGAAGCAGGAAGCUGAUAAGGAGCGUCAGGAGGUAACAGUCAUCGAGGAAAUAGAGAUAGCGGCACUGGAAGAUGUCACCGGACGAACUGCUGAGGUCUCUGCAGCGGAAUCAGAUUCUGAGUUGCCACGACCGCCGACAGUGGCAACAGACUCCAGCUCACGUACUGACAGCGGCUUCCAGUCACCAACCAAUGAGGAGUUGGAUGAAGGUGUGCCUCAGCCAAUCACAAACGGUCUGAAUGGAGAGAACAAGAUCACCGACCCAGUAGAACCCGAAGUUAUUUUAGCAUAGGACGACAAUGUUCUGCACAUAACUAUGAAACUGGGGAAAACCGCAGAGAGAAAACAUCAGUGUGCAUCACAUGUAAUGGGAGAGAAGUGGAAUGAAUCUGGUUUGUAUAUAAAGGUUCAAUUCAAAGCGUUGCCGUUGAUAUUGCACACUGCCGAAACCAUCUCUCCCAUCCUCCCCUAGACUUUUUUUGAGACAAUUCUUUGGUGAUGGUUCGUCUCUAUACGGCUUUGUGAAUAUCAAUGCAAGUUUUUUUCAUAUUCUGUAUAUGACACUGAAUUCCACAUAUCUGACUUAUAUAAUAAUGCUCCUUUACCUAUAUAUCAACACGCUGAGGGUCCAUCAUAAUAAGGGAUCUUAAAGUGAUAACCCACUUUUUUAAACGUACAGAAUAAGGGAGAAACACUAAGAAAACAACUACAUCUACGUUAUGAAUAUUUUCAAAGUAUGUUAAGGGUUUGUUUACAUCAGUAAUGUUUGUAAACACAGCAGGAAAUCAGGCCUAUAUUAUUUACAAUAUAUCUCAAAUUUGUAUGGUCAAGUAAAUUACAGAUUGUGCCUUUAACUACAGUGCAGGUGAAUGAAUCCCUCUCUUAUGUUCACAGUCUCUACCUGGGCAGCAGGGGGUGCUAUAAUCAAUCUUUUGAUGUUUCUGGAUUUGUAUGUUUAUUUUAACUAUUACGUUUUUCAAAUAUUGCUAUCUAUUUUUGUAAAAUGUAAUUUUUUAAAAAAUAUGUAAUUUGUUUACUUUGCAAGAAUUUCUUACAUCUGCAAAUGGCCUUUAUGUUUCAACAUGUUUCAGUACAAACUGUCUGGGAAUGAUAAUUACUUCCACGGUGAUUUUAAAAGCAAGAUGUUUUUAUUUUUUUGACAUCUGUGGGGGAAAAUAACCAGAACACAUUUUUUCUUGUGACUCUGCUGGUGGCCAAAAGAAGAUGACCAAGAUACAGCAUGUGAUGGCUCUACAAGUACAUCAACAUCCUAAAAGUUCAUCAGAGGGAGCAACAUUAGUGAUUAUGAGGGACAUUCUUAAUGUUGGCUUCUAGUGAUACUAUAUCACUGCAAUACUUUGCAUCACACAUGACAGUUAUUCCCUUUCUAUUUAAAACCAGUCUUUUCUUAUUUAAUCCAACUUCUCUGGGUCAAAGGGAAAGUUCACCCAACAUCACUGCGAUAUUGGUAUCAAGCUGUACAGAGUUUUGGUUUGGUUUUUAUGUCACAGAGAUAAACUGGCUUUUUUUUCCCCCACUGUCCUUAGCAGUGUAAAAAUCUAAAAGAAUAGAUUGUCUCACUGAUAUUUAUCCUAUAAAUAAAUCAGUCAGUAUCUAACUGUUCAUGCUUUAUUUUAAGGGUUUGUAAUUUCCUAAUAGUUUUCUAGGAUGUUUUAAUACUAAAUAGUAUUUACUACAGAGUAGAGACAUACAAGAUGAAAGGUAUACUUAGCUGUUGACAAAUUUCACAUUUUUGCAUUAUGUUCAGCUGACCUGUCAUGUGAAUAGAAGAACCCAGGUUACACUAGCAGUUCAUUAAAAUUAAUAUAUUGGAAGUAUACCAGCUUUAUAUUCUGUAUAUAGCCCAAAGUCAGAAAUUACAAAUGUUCUUUUUUUAAUUCCCUGUCUGUACAACAGACAGCUACUAUCCUUAGACCCUUAAUUCAGGAGAAGGGAAAGAAAUAACAUUCACAAAAAAAAAAA